CUCAUGUUCCGCCUACCUCAUCUCACUGCACCAUGUCUCUUGUGUCUCCUCUUUUGUUUCUCCAUCCAUAUGUCUCCCUCCAUUUUUCCGGGCGCAGUGACAAGCAUGGUAUGACGGAGGAAUGGAAACAGAUCAGUCAUCCAGGGCGGUGGUCAGGACUCGGCAGCAGCCUGGCUUCAAGGGACCGAAGGGUAGUGCGGGGUGUGGGGGCAGCACUCGGAGGGGACCUCUGUAAUCAGCACCCCCCCCUCUACUAUCCAUCUCUGCACAGCCGCCCUCCUGCUUCGGAGAGACACACUGCCUGGGAGGAGCGCCAUUGCCAGGGGAUCUUGGCACAAUCCACAGCCCGUAACCCUGCUACCAAUCUGGCUCCAGGCUCCUCCUACUUCUCCUGCAACACUUCUGCAGCGUCAGCCCAAGCUUCACUCACUACUCCAGCUCAACUCCAAGCUUCACAUCCGGGCCUAAGUCCAAAUCAAUGCCCAGGCUCCAGCUUAGCGGCUGCUAAUCACACCGCAAUUCCAUCUCUGUCCUCCAAGCAGCCAGAGGGGGUGUCCUCCUCUUCAGAGUCCUUAACUCUUGGAGGUGGAGUGAGUCUGUCAUGUGGGGCUAGGAAAGGGGGAGGAGAGCACCACCCCACUAGCCAUAUCCCUCGUGCAGCCGGGUCCAGCGCGUCCUCAAGCCUCCACAGUCUUGUAAGCAGAGGGAGCCCCUCUCCGAGCAUCUCAUCCUCCAUCCAGGCCUCCCCUCCACCUUCUACUCCUUCCCCAGCAUCCUCUUCUUCCUCCUCCUCUUCCUCCUCCUCCAUGUUUACGGGUCGUUUAGGGCAACCUCCGAGAGGCCCUCUGUCUCUGCACAGCUACAGCCGUAAAAAUGUCUUCCUCCAACAUUCCCUACAGACUGCCGAACUGCAAGCUCUGACGCAGAGAGACAGUUGAGGGCACAAAAACAUUUACAUGAUCCAUAUUGACUUUAGUGACAAAAUGUGUGUCUUUAGAGAAAAACUGCUGCUCCUUUGGUACCAGUUUGCUUGUGUUUCACUGUCCCAAUUCCCCCUGAAUCAUCUUCCACAUGCGCUUACAAUCAUGCUUGUAUCACAAUCCAGAAUUACCCUUUGCUGCCAUUUUGUUCUCGGAUUUGCUUGCUAAAACACACACACACACACACACACACACACACACACACACACACACACACACACACACACACACACACACACACACACCAGGCUGUGAGUUUGUCAAAAGAGGCACUCACCUGUCUAUCAAAACACCCACGUUGUGUCAUUCCAACAGUUUAGAUGUGCUUACGCCCACUGACACACAAAGUGCAGAGAGACGCACCACUUCUUAUCCAUGCACUUAGACACAGAUUUAGUCUCACACACACUUAGGAAUACACACACACAGACACCAUUUGUGAAAUAUUUGCCUCAUAAACUGCAGAUAUAACAGGGUGUUAAAACUAAGUGCAAAGAUGAGGUUCGUUUUUGUGUUUUUAAAGAUUUGUUGUUAUUCUUUUAUUUGAUGAUUUUUUUAUUUAAAAGUUGAACCAUGUGCUGCUUAAUGAAUUAUGUGACAGGUCAUAAUUUGCCCUGUUAAGAUUAUACUCUCACAUUGCCAAAUCCUUUAUCCAAUCAACUUCUCAUUUCCCUUGAUGUAAGCUGAUGGAGGUCCAGAAGAAAAUACAUGUUUAGAUGAUCAUCCAAAUCCAUGACCCUGAUACUGCAUGCUUUUUAAACUGUAAGGAGAUUACAGGUGAGCAUUUUGUACUGCAACAAAAAAGGGAUAUGGGUGACUUUGAAAGUCUUUUAAUAACGUUUAAUUAUCAACUCUCUCUCUACUCAGUGUUUCAAUAAGGGAAUCAAUCAUGCCGAAACUUGUUAAACAGGAGUGUUUUGAGAGGUAAAUGUUUGAUGCAUUAAUAACACAUUAGAAGUACUUUUGGCUUAAUACUAGACCACUGUUUUUAUAGAAUCACAAUGUCGCAAAAUGUCACAUUAUAUACAGGAGUCAAUGUGUAUCUGCAAUGUUAGAUUAGUACAGUACUGACAUGUAAAGCUUCCUUUUAAUAUUAGAUAGCAGCCAUGUGAAUCAUUGGGCACUUAUAAUGACAAAAGAACACUGAGUAGCACAAAGUAAUUAGCAGUACGGAUCAUUAUCUAACAAAAUAAAAAAACUUGUGCAAGAUUUGGCACAACCAG